AUGGGAAAUCGACAUCGUGCGGUCAGCAUGUCGUUCAGCGGCAGCAUGUCGAAAGAUGACGAAAAGAAGUCACAGCAGUCACUCGCAGAUCUUCGCUCAAUCUAUAAAGAUGUCCGGUACGACUGGCCUCAACUAGUAUCAGGUGAAGUAUCUCCGCUAGAAUUGGCAAUUGGAUUUCUAGACGAUACCUCGGUGGGAUUGGCACACCGCAAGUCUGAAUUUGACGAGUUGUGCCAACUCACAGCGGAGUCGCUCCGGGCUGCUGUGGUAGAAAACCACGAUACUUUCAAUAAUAGUGUUGGUCUGUAUCAUUUGCUUCUUUCCAUGGCAAAGGAAUCCCAGGAUGACUCCACGCACAUCAAGAAUUUAAUUGAGACGAGUACGCGAGAUAUGAAGGACCGGUCCCUCUAUCUCAAGGAUUUGGACAACAGUUCCACCAAGUAUGCUGAGAUGAUUGAUAUCUUGGAUGCCAUGGAGGACUUGCAUAAGUUACCCGAGCAGAUUGACAAGUUGAUCACCGAGAAAAAGAUUCAUGAAGUCUACGAUGUAAUUGCAGAGGGUCACAAGACCGCUGCGAAGUACAACUUGUGGUCUUUAUCGGCCAUGAAUGCCACGCAAGUAUACCUUGAAAUGCAGUCUAACAAUCUUUAUGAUAUGAUCGUGGAUGAAUUGAAAAAUGAGAUCUACCUUAAGAACUUGUCGCUUCUCAGUCAGGGAAAGGAUUCGUGGAGCAGUUUGAUACAGUCCAAUAAUCAUCAGAUUGCUUCAUUUAAAAGCUUGCUCGGUCAGCUGACAAGUUUGGAGCUGUACAUUUAUAACUCUGCAAAUUUGGAUAUCCAAGAAAUUACAGAGUGUUUCACAGAUUCUACUAAAUCCUUCCUUGAAUCUCAACUUCCAAAAUUACAUGCUCAUUACUCCAAGCAUGAAAACAAAAUUGAUUACUCCAUUCUCCUUGAAGCAGCACUGAAUCCUGCUACUGAAUCAUUAUACUACAUGUACAUGUUGUUGAGCACAGCAUCUAAGUUGAAUAGGCUCGAGCAGAUCUUGGAGAUUCUUGCAACCACCGUACAGCUGGAAAUUCAUUCAUUAAUUAAUCAAACAACUGAUGAAAUCAAACUGAAAAAUUACACUCAUUUAGCAAGAAUUGCAAAAGUACAGUCACUCGAAAAGGCAACCUCAUAUGAUAAGAUAAGUGGACAGACAUUUAGCGACGCCUCUGUCCCUAUUUUGCAGGAUUUGUUUGGAACUUUUUUUGUGAAAUGUCUUGUUGUUUUGCUGAAACACAAGACCGUUUGUGAGAUUGUGAGGUUACUUCAAUCUGGUCGCACUUUGCCUAGCUCCUCGGCAAGAAAUUCCACAGUAACUUCCACAUACGAUUUCAAGAACGUUUGGGAGAUUAUGAAGAAGGAAAUCAAUAACUUCACUUUAAGUUACAUUUACGAAGAGGAUGACAGGUUACAAAGUAAGGGUGAGCAUGGCUAUGCGGCAAGCAAACUACACCAGGCAAUGAAUAAGAAUAAGUUGUUUCAGUUUGAUGAUGUAUCUUACGACUCAUCGACGACAAGCUCCGAGAAUUUGAAGCAGGUUCUUGACGAAAUGUUCCCAGGAUUUUCUAUUGGCACUCAGAAAUCGAGCGGGAACGAUUCAUCACCUUAUAUUACGAGUGAGCGUUACAACACUUUGGUGGAGAUUCUUGUUCCUAAGAACAUAUUCAAUAUGAGAAUCAUUCUUGAAUUUCUUCUCAUUUUCACCACUGGAUCUCAUUUACUAUUUACUGAUUUCGACAAAAGUAAAGGUACUAGUAUGGUUGCAUAUCAGUAUUUUUAUGAGUUCAUGAAGGGUUCAUUUUUGAAGAAGUUGCAGGAAGAACUCAACCAAUCAUUGGAUGAGAGUAUGGGUGGAGAUAACUACUCACGCCUACCAACUGAUUCAACAAAAGGAAUGAUACAGUUUCAAUUUGACCAGUCAACUGUCUCUAUUAAUGAUGCUGGCAUAUUUCAAAAACUGUCAAAUAUCACCACACGUGAAGUCUAUUUGAGUGCAGUUAAGUUCAAGCAACUUUUCACUCAUGUGUGUCAUACCAUGAAUACCUCCUUUGCAUACCGUAGAGAUUACAGUGAGACGGUGUUGAAUUUGUUGAAUAGAUUUGCAAAAUUCUAUGAAGAUUCAUACCGUGAGCUUUUGUCCACUGGUGCUACUCAUGACAUUACAGAAAUGAGAUAUGGACUCGAAUCACAAACUAAGCUGAUUCUGCAGCUCAAUAAGUGGAUGCGUACCCCAGCCAUGAUAGAGGUUACUGGUGGAAUAUUGCUGAAUCAUGAAAAGCCAGAGAGCUGCACAGCAUUGUUGGCGAAGGAGAUCGAACUCAUGUUUUACAACUCUUCAGACAAGAUAUUCGACUUGACAAAGGAUGAUUUUUUCGACGAUGACUGGUUCAAUCAAGUCUGUAACUUCCUUUUAACAGCCACAUGGAUUCUUGGGUGGCUUCCAAAUAUGCGUAAAGAAUCCAACUACUCCAUUUACAAUUCAAAUGACCUGAAGGUGUCAGAAAUUGAAAAGUUGAAAUAUGAUUAUUCCUUCUUAGAGAACGGACGGUCGUCCUAUGGAAUAUCCGAAAGGGCUCUGCAUGAAUAUUUAACUCUCAGCCUGGAAAAGAUUUCUGAGUUCGAUAACAUCAUCGAAGUUUUCGAAAGCAUCCGUGACAACUCGUUAAUUGCUUUGAGAUACGACGUGAGAUUGAAAGCCUUGUAUCACAUUGGUAAAUCUUACCAAGACAAUUUUGUGUUAGCAACUGAACCUGCGGAUGCCGAUCAAUUUGUUACUCAGUACAACAAGGAACUUUACUACAUUGGUACCAGAAUCCAUGACGUUUUGAGCAUUGAGGAGAACGAGUGUGUUUUCUUGGGACUCCCACAAUUCAUUAACAUGGCCUUCUUGCAAGGUAGUGAGAUCAUUAAGAUCACCAAUGGAAACGGAAUCAAGCGGAUCUUGUUGAACAUUCUCACUCUACAACAGAUGUUGAGAAGUGUUCUGAGGCAACAAAGUUCUGUUGACCUAAGCAAAGCAUCUAAGUACUUUGAGUUGUUUACAGUCAGUGAGCAUCAAUUCUUGCAAAAGAUUACAGAAAACAGGGAGGGAUAUACCAAGAACGAGAUUUUGAAUCUUUUGCGGUUGGUUUACAGUGAGAAGCUUGCAUCGUCCAAUGCCAGCUCCUUCAACAAAUCAAAGUACAACGAGCUUGCCAGAAAGAUUAAUGAAAUAAUUUAG